AUGUUGUCUCGCCAAAAAAAUGGUUUUGAGGAAGUUCCAUUAACGGCAAAAGAUAUGCACAAUAUCUUAGCAAAAAACAGAAAAUUACAAACAGCCGAUGGGAAUCCACAAGCGAUGGACGAUUAUUUCAACAAAAUGCAACAUUGUAAUCAGGACUUUUACCAUAUUCGUAGAAUUGAUGCGGGGGGAUAUUUGAAGGACAUAUUAUGGAUUGAUGCUAGAAGUAGAGAAGCAUACAAGGACUUUGGUGAUGCAGUUCAAGCUCCACGAGAACAAGUGGUUAACCUGAGGCCUGAUUCAGGAGGGGCUCCUCUUUCUCACAUGUACAAUGAACGUCACAUGUGGGUUCCUGCUUACAUGAGAGAUAUAUUUUGGGCAGGCAUGAAAACAACGCAACGGGCAGAGAGCAUAAACCGUUUUUUUGAUGUAUACCUUCAUAAGAGCACAACGUCGUUAGAAUUUGCUACGAAAUACAUGACUGUAAUGGAGGAUCGAUGUCGUACUGAGGUGGAAGCGGAUGCAUCCCAAAUCCGUUCUACAAGAAGACUGGUGUGA